UGAUGGCGUCAUCCAUUAAGAGUCAUAUCGUUGAUAUAACUACAUGUGCUAUCUGUCUAGAGAAACUUAACAUUCCGAAGUAUUUACCUUGUUUACACACAUUUUGUGAAAGUUGUCUAAAUACCUAUAUUUCUUCUGGAAUUGAAAAAGGACAAAAACAAAGUAUUGAAUGUCCGGUUUGUAGGACAAGUGUAACUGCACCGAUUGAAAAUUGUUCACCAGCGGAAUGGAUAAGAGGACUGCCUCUAAAUUUUCUCAUUGUUGGACUUUUGGAAAAGGAAAAAGUACAAAAUCCGCAAAAACAAUGUAUGGUAUGUGAACGAAUGGAAGCAAAAUCAGACGCCAGUUUUGUUUGUAUUGAGUGUUCUGAUCUGCUAUGCUCUAGCUGUGUAAAACACCAUACAGCUAGUAAACUUUUAUGUGAUCACGAAAUCAGACCUGUGGAAGAAGUCGUUUCUGACUUGAAAUCCUUGAAAACAUUCAAAAACAAGUGUACCGAACAUAAAAGUAAAGAACUUGAGCUUUUUUGUAUUGACCACGAAACUCCGUGUUGUUCCAUGUGUGUAAGUAUUUAUCAUCGUAAAUGUGAGAAAGUCAUAGCAAUUGAAGAUGCUGCCAAGAAAUUUUUAACUUCAAAUAAAGUCGAAAAUUUGAGAAACGAGUUGAAAAAAGUUGAUUGCGAUGUGAAAGAUAUUAUUUCAAAUCUCGAUAUGCAAGUUGGAAAACUGCAAUCACAGUUUAAUAACAAACAAAAGGAACUUGAAGAUAGUUUCAAUAAUCUUGUGACCAUGAUUUGUAACCUGAAAGAUAAACGAAAAUCAGAAAUGUUAAAACAUUAUAAUGAAGCAAAACAAGAUAUUGAUUUUUUGAAAUUGGGCUUCGAAAAUAUUGAUAAAAAAAUUGAAAACGAACAGCAGAUACUUGAGACAUGUGUGACAGAGGCUUCAGAGACCCAAAUUAUGCUAGAGGUACAAAAGGUAUACAAAAAUUUAAAUGGACAUAAAUCUUUUAUAUCAAGUCAGUUGGCAGAUAUUAAGGAAUACAAUCUUUCUUUUAAGAAAAUUCCAGACAUCAGCCUAAAUUUAGAGAAGGCAUUUGAGGUAGUCUUUGAAUACUCAAAAUCAAAAAUAACUGUGAAAUCUUGUAAUACCGAUAUUUUAGCUGUAAAUCGAUUUAGAACGAUACAUCCUUUUUGGGCAUCAAAGGGAGUUGAUGCAAUAUGCUUUUCCGUAUCAAAAAACAUACUACUACACGGAUUACUAUCUUAUGGAUGUGCAGAUGGGAAGUCGAUUUGCAAAGUUACCGCUACUUUGAAAGAAAAUACGAGUGAACUUAUUGUAGUUUCAAAGAAUUUAGAUAGUAAAGAAGCUGAAAAUGGUUUGCUUAGAAUUAUUUUUCCUGAUCCAGUAAAACUUUCAACCAAUACAAAGUAUCAUGUAGUGGUAGAUAUGGAAGGACCUAAGUACCAAUAUGGCAUGCAAGGAAAGUCAACAAUAACUCAAAACGAAAUUGUGUUCAACUUUGAGAAUUCGCAAUAUUCGAACCUUGAUACAAACACAACCAGAGGACAGAUUCCAGGAUUUUUAUUUAGUGUUACAUAGUGUGAUGAUCCGUACUUUCAUUGAAAUUUACACGUACACAUACAUUUCUAA